AAAUCGAUUCACUCUUUCAGAAACGUACAUUCGGUAUUGAUUAUGAGAAUAACUACCUGAAGUCUACUAUUCUUAUAUUUGAUAAUCUCCCAGUAAUUUUUUUCAUUAACAGUUUCAAAACAAAACACGAAAAAAAUCUUCUGCAGAACUUUCUUCAUCGAGCGGAAAUUCAACACAAUAAUGCAAAACUAUGUUUUACAACUUCUUCUCGUGUUUGCAUUUUUCAUCAUUAUAAAAUCAUCUGGAAUACACGGUGAUUUGAAAGAACUUAGAGUAUGGUGCUGGGAGGAUUAUGUGCAGGUUAAAUUGUGUAUCUCAAAAUAUGAAAAAUGUUUAAUGUCAAAAACAUUUGGAUGCGUUGAAGAAUUUGCAAGUUGUACAAAUGAAAAGGAGCGAGAAGUUCAAUCUAUUCUUUGUGAUAAAUUUCUACAAAAUGUAACAGAAUCGGUUAGGCAAAACGAACCUGAAUACAGAAAUGAACUGAAAAAGAAAAGCGAAUUGAAUGCAACAAACGUCAAUCCUGAAGUUUGUAAUGUUUCAAUUUUAAACAUUCAAGAUGCUUCUGCAAAUCAGCUUCCAUUACAUUUAUUUCAAUUUUGUCAUUGCUCCAAACAAUUGGAAAAUAUUCAAGAAUAUAAAAUGAUACUAGAAAAUGCGGUUGCAGACUCCACAGAAUUGAAUAACCUUGCACCCAUAAAAUCAUGGUAUGGUGGAUUCAAAAACUUUAGAUGUUGGAAAGAAGUUGACCGUCAUUUUGCAUUCAAUCUUUGCGGAAAAAUUUCAGCUUUUAAAAUAAAUUAUGAAUGGGCUAGAUACGCAGAUUGUCUUGAGAAAUCUAAACAACUUAAUUGCGAUACAAUUUUCUAUGAUGAGUUGGAGACAAUCGCUGAAAAAAGUGAAACUCGCUUGAACUGUCUCAAUUAUUACAAAAUGGUGCAAAAAUAUCUUCCAAAAAACGCACUAUUAUUCGAAUAUAAAACCAUUGAUUUCAUGACUAGUGGUGAUUUUUACAACAUGAAGUUUGAAGAUGAUAAAUUAUAUAUUAUCAGUAAUGCAGAUGAUGUUACAAGGAGAAAAUGUUUUCCCGUUAAAAGAGCUAUAAGUGUAUGUCGUCAUACCUACAACUAUUGUGAACAAAACAAUUUGAGCAAAUGUGGAGAGUGGAUCAUCGAUUGUUUAGUUGAAAGUAACAACGUGGCACCGGAGUGCAUCGAAAUUCAUAUACCUUCUAAUAAUUUCCUAUUACCUUUUCUGUUAUUAUGUGGAUUCGCUAUUCUUGGAUAUAUUUGUUGCUGCUCAAAUCGGAUCUGGAGAUUACUGAUCAAACUAUGUGUUUGUUUGGCUGAAUUGUUUGAUUCAAUGAAAGUAAGAAUUGACAAGAAGAGCGAGGAAGUUCGAAUAAUAUCCAUUCAUAAUAAUAUUGAAGAAAAUCCGGUAGAAAUAGAAUUACUUCCCGAGCACAACAAUAAUUACAACGGAGAACCUGAAAACAACAGUUCGAAUACAAAUAAUGAAGUUAAUGAGCUGUUAGAGGUUGUUCGUGAUGAAAUGAAGCCUAAAUUACGGUCAAGUUUCAUAAGAAUGAUCAAGUCAUUCUGGAAAAUGAAUUUUUCUUUGUUGCGCCUUCUAUUUUACUUUGCCAUUAAAUCUCGAUGGUCAAUUGUAUUUCUUAUAUUUUUCAUUGCUUUCCCAUUAAUAUGUAUUUUUAUCACACUUUAUUUUUAUUUUUACGUCAUGCCUUAUAUUGGUUUAAAAAAUGAAUGAGCUAAUUCUAAAAUU